AUGGUGGCGCAGGCCGCGUCAGAAGAGAAGGUGUCCAUGCAAGUAUACUUCGACGUAGUCGCCAAGAAGGAAGGUUUCCAUUUCCGUGCUCUGGAUGGAAAGACUCCUUAUGCGCCCACGGACGCCAGCAUACAAUUUGAUUUCGGAAUGCCAGCCGAUGUGGAGCGGUUGUACUCGGUCGAGGCGAACAGCUCGGGCUUGAAUGUCACAGUGGAGCAAGCAUUGACGCAUGGUGGUUGGUUGCUUUGGAUCCAUGAUUCGUCGCAUCUGAAGGUGGCGUCCUGGCUCCAGAUCUUUGUGGGUUUGUCGUUUCCUAACUGUGCCUUGUCCUUCCUUGCUCCCGUGGAAACAAACAUGACGAUACCAUGUAGAGCCCUCGCAUCCGAGCACGCAGGGGCAAUCUGUGACUUAAACCUCGAUGACUUCAAACAGCAGCAACAAAAUUGGGGCUCUCUCCAUCUUGUAGGGGUGGCAAGCUGCUCUUGGAUGGAUGCCUUCAAUGAACCUGUGCCGCAGCUGUUUCUGCGUGUGGGAGUGAAGUCAGAGCCCUUGGAUGUUGCCGUUGUCCUCCAUUCCGAUCACGUCCUACCGUGGACAUCUGUCGUAUGUGCCACGGAGGCAUCUUGUGAGAACAUCUAUGUCACGAACCAGACUCAGCAGCCGAACGCAAGUCUGACAAUGACCUGGCUUUCGCCCACCUGCCAUAUCAUUUCGGCACACUGGAAAGGAGGCAGCAAGGAUGGCCUGUCGGUACGCUCUAGUCCCGGCUCCUGCGAGGCUAACCUGGGCAAAUCUGCGGCAUGCGGAGGAAAGCUCACCUCCUUUUCCGUCGAUGUGCCUUGGGAGCCAUUGCCUCCCUGGAAGCAAGUUGAUGUUGUAUAUGAUUGUGGUUUCUUCCUCCAGCCAACAUGGAGGUAUUACCUGGUCCCUGCGAGCUGGUAG